GCCUGGGCUUGCUACGAAAGAAACAUGACGACGAUGUUAGAGUUAUUUAUUGUGGUGUUGAAGUGUUAAGUUGUUUGAGGAAUCUUGCCUUUGUCACGAUGAAUAAGGGCGGACCUGGAGCAAGAAGACCUAAGACAGGCCCAAGAGGUCAUCCUCCACCAGGAGACUUCAUAGCCCUUGGGAACAGAGGUUCCAGAACCUCAGAAAGUGAACUUAAGCCUCUACAGCCACUGAAACCUCUCCAGCCACUGAAACCAUCACAAGCUCUGCCUCCAAAGAAACCAGUUGGUUCGUCUGUGUCUGACAGGAAGAGAGAACCCUCUAGUAUUCUUACUCCCCUGGGUGGAGCUAAGAGGCCAAAGCUGUCAUCUCCCACAUAUCCUCCUCAUUCAUUUAAAGGAGGAGAUGGAGAGACCAGCAAGAGACCUGGAACUAGUGUCCAAUAUAUGUCACAUGGGCAAGUUACACCUAUAGAAGUGAGUGCAUUAGAGCUUGAAGAUCAGGUCCUUGAUGCAGAUGCGAGUGGUAACAAAUCAAGAGUAGAUGCUCUUUUAUUAGGGGCCAUAAAGAAUCUAAAAUCAAACAAAGCCAAACCAGAUCAACUGAUGAUCAUGAAUCUGAUGUAUCUGGCAAAGAGCAGGCCUGAAUAUUUUCUCUCCAAUAGAAUUGUCGAGGCACUCACAAGCAUCUUAAAGCGUGAGGGUGGCUCCUUGAAUAUUAAACCAAACAAAGGAUCAAAUGCUUCAGUACCAAUGAUGGCAUGUAACAUCCUGCUUUAUGCCUUCCAAGAGGAAGAUGACUGGCCAGAGUCAUUUGUGAAAGUUUAUGUUGAAGAUGCUUUAGGAGACAGGGUCUGGGUCGACAAUGAAUAUUGCCGCAGUUUUGUUGAGAACAUAUGGACAGCAUUUGGGACUAGAACUGUGCCACGAACACUGUCACGGCAACAUAGUGAUCCCACUGGAAAGCAAAUGACAUCUGAACAGACUGCUGCUGGAGGGACAAAAGAUGAGGAAGAAGUUGUUGAGGAAAUGGAAACAUCAACAUCACUUGAAGAGGAUGAUAUUCCAGUUAUUUCAAGGUUUAUGUCACCAUCUGUCGAGCACAAUAUCCGCACAUACAUUCUAGAAUUAGUUCAAGAUCAGUUAACAAGACGGCAAACACUGGAUAGUGUCACACGUAACCUUCUAAAGCUGCUGACAGUAACUUGUGGCUACAAUCAUAUCCGAUUGUUGGUGUCUCAGAGGUUAGAGAUGUGGCUGCAGAAUCCCAAGUUAACUCGUCCAGCUCAAGAGCUGCUGAUGUCUCUUGCACUGAACUGUAACACACACAGUAAUGAAGAUGUUGAAGUGAUAAGUAACUUGGUCAGAAUGAGACUGAAGACAAAACCGCUGGCAAACCACUACAUUAACUGUAUCAAAGAGUUAGCCAACCAGCAUACAGAGAAUUUAGGAACAGUGUUGAAGCAUGUAAUAUACAAUGAACUGUCCAAUGCUCGCAAUCCUAACAACAUGGUUUUGCUUAGUACUCUGUUCCAGAGCAACCAAGAGAAGGCGGCGAAGUUGCUGGCUAUGGUGUUUCAAGACUUACUUACCAACAAAGAAGAUUAUUUAAGAGCCUCACGGGCCUUGUUGAGAGAAGUUGUCAGAGCCCUCAGACAUGAUAUAGACUUUGUGGCAUUGUGUCGUGGAUUCAUGAAGGAAAGAACGGAGACUCAGUUCAGGGAUCUGGAUGCUGUCAUCAAGGAACGCAUGCUACUUUCCCUGGCAGAUCUUAUCACUAUGGCAACUUUCCUCAGUAUAACGCCCACUGUCAAGGAAUCAUUCAACAGUACAUCUGCACGAGGGGAAAAGAGAGAUGCAUCAGUACUCGAGGAGUUUCAAAAGUCUGUGUCCACAAUCCAGCGUGACGCUGUUUGGUGGUUGCAUAUUGUAGUCCCUAAAAUGUUCACUCCAAGUGGAAAGGAUUUCUUAUCAUGUAUGAAUAAAGUGCUCUUCCUUGAUUCUGCUGAGAGCUACACUGGAAAAGACAACUGGCCCCCAGAUAAUGACAGAAGUUUGUUGCUGAGUAUUGUCAGUGAAGUUCCUGUACAAGAAGAUACAUUGAUGAGGACCAUUAUCAUAGGCCUCUCUAAUGAGCUGCCACUAACACCAACUGAGACCCUGGAGAUAGCAGAUUCAUUGGUCAGGAGAGUUGCUGCAAUCAAGCUGCCAUCUUCCUGGAUGCAAGGAUCACAGUCUGGAGACACAUCUCUAUCUGUGAAUCGUGUGGAGCUCUUGGAUGCUGUUCUUAAUCUUUGUGCCUAUCACCAUCCAAAGGACAUCAUUCUUCCCUCAGGAUAUGCUGCUCCAAAAUUAGCAAUUGCUAAUCUCUACUGGAAAGCUUGGAUCUUACUUGCCAUAGUAGCUUCUCUCAAUCCAUCUUCAAUAGGCCAAUCUGGAUGGGAUAACUUCCCGAUGCUCAAAUGCCUGAUGGAAAUAUUGAUGACAAACAACUUUGCAUUUCCACCACCAACUGCUGCUCUGACAAGCGAAGAAAAGGACGAGAUUCUCUCUCAAGAACUUCAGCUGGCACAGGCAGAGAAAGAAGAAAUCUUAUUGUUUGAGUCGCACUUGGCUGCAGCCACAACCAAAGUGGCCAUUACGGAAAGUAACAGCCUGUUACUGAGUCAGCUGAUCAGCAUGGACCCUGUAGGACCUGCUCGACGUCCCCCGCAGAGUGUCAUUGACCAGCUAAAAGCAACAAACAAGAGUCUCAAACUUGGUCAGAUGUUAUGCCGCAGUCGCUCGCCUGAUUUUUUGUUGGAAAUCAUCCAAAGACAGGGUGCAUCACAGAGUAUGCCAUGGCUGGCAGAGCUUGUUCAAUCCUCAGAGGGUUCACUGGAUGUCCUUCCAGUUCAAUGUCUGUGUGAAUUUUUGCUCCUGGAAAAAACAGGCGAGAACAACAAAGAACAAGAUGAAGGUCCUAGCAAAGAAGUGCAAGAUAAGAGAGUUGAUAUACAGCGUCACGUCUUAGGACGCCUAAGAUCACUAUUGUUUGGCUCUGAAGCUGAUGCCGACUCCACAGGAGAAGUUUUGGAAUAUUUCAUGAGAAGAUUGUCAUCUGUACAAACAGCAGAAAGAGAUUCAGCAGUUAAGGGCUUGGAGCUAGUUCUAUCCCAAGAUUCAAUUAAAGUGGGAGAUCACGUGACGGUGGUGUGUGAGGAGGAGUUGGAGGGUGAUGCCAUGAUUACCACCAUGGAAGAAUUGUUCUCGCCGCCAUUUCCUACAGCCAGCACAAUGACCAAGACUUACAAAUGGCUGUUGGUGAAUUUACCCAGUCUGCCGCACUUUGAAACUGUCAGAGCCACCUGCUGUUUUGCUUUGAGACAGUCAUGUCAAGUUGAGAUUAUCUCUGAGAGAACAAAAGCAUAUCUGAUGUUCCUGGCCGAGCAUUGCACUGACAAUGGCGAGGAAGAGUUCUUAGCCACAGUUAUUGACAUUGCACAGUUGAUAAUCGAGCGGCCGACCAUCAUGACUCCAGUACUUGGAGAAGGCCGCACUGGACAAGAAACUUACCAAGCACUAUUGAGGCUGUAUACCAUUGCCUUACAACAAGCCAUUGAUAUGCAAGAAGGGAGCUUCUCUUGGCAGGAAACACAAGACCAGUUGUUUGUGCAGUGGUCCAAGGACACAGAGUAUUCUGGGAAGGCAGCCACUCUACACGUGUUGGUAAUCCAUGCUAUGAUUGUGUUACUGACCUAUGGAGAACCCCAAGGAGAUGUAAGUCUGUACACGACUUUACUGAACGCCUGGUGCCCUGAAUAUGGACAGGUCAAGGUCUAUCUGACAGACACGGGCGAGGAGGCCAUUCUGCUGCAAGAGUGGCUCAGACUGCGCAUGAUCAGGUCCCAGGUCUCCAGAGUGGUUGAUGCCGCUUUAAGUGAGUUGGUGCCAUCGCAGCUUGUGCUGUUUGCUCAGUCGUUUGGAAUCCCAGUCAGUAGCAUGAGCAAGCUUCUUCAACAGCUGGACAAAGCGACUGAGGAGGACCCUGUCGGUAUAGAAGAAGCUGUGCUGGAUAAAGGUUAUAUGGUGCAGCUUGUUGAGGUUCAACAACUUCGUGGAGCUAAAGGUGGGGAUUUGUUUUGCUGUUUACUGACCGGAGAAACACCAGAAAAGAAAGACAACAGUAAUUUGGCAGCGCUCGAUGGCGGAAUCACUCCAUUACCGUUGGCUGCUCUGCCAGAGAUACCACACGCUAAAGACGAAGACAUGAGUAGCGACGAAUCUUUUACCAACAAGCAGAUUGCAGAUGAGGUGUUCAAGAUUUUUCUGUCACCCGAGAGCGAAAGUUCAAAAGAACAUUACAGCAUUGAAACUCGUGUUAAAAAGAUACUGACCAAAGAUCUGAUUAACUCAAACCGAGGGGAAAUUCCAGAGGACUCACUCGCGGAACAAAUCAUGCACAAGUUCAUCGCAGUUUUGGAUUCUGAUGAUAGCCAGAGAUUAUUGGAUGGAAUGUUGAAUAAGACAGCUCUAUCUUGUUCCAUUCUAAGGCUUUUAAGAUCUAGACAGAUGGCAUUGACAAGGAAGGGAAUUCACUGUAGUUUUUUUGACACCAUCAGUAAAUUGUCGCGCCACAGUCUUACAGAUGGGCCACUAAGUGCUGCUGUUUCACAGUACAAGAAACAAUUAGGAAUUAAAGAACAGUCACAACCAUCUGGAAAUGUCCUCGAACAAAUUGCGUCAAAUGCAAAGGCUGAUUAUGCUUCUCUGGUCAAAAGGUUUCUGUCUGCAUGUAAACAUCGCACGGUGAAGCCAGAUUCUAUCAAUGAAGAGAUGGCAGUCAAAGCUUGUUUGAAACUUAAAGAAGCGAACUCUCCGCUCUACGAGGAUUUCAUUAAGGCCAUCACCAAAACGCUUAUUUCAAGUAGAAUUAAGAAAGAUUCCGAUUCGAAUACGGCGGUAUGGACACCGCAGCAGUCUCUACCCUUGAAGACAUGCUCAAAAAUCCUCGUCAAGCUUCUUGAAGAGUCCGAUGGAACAGACUCGUCCCGUGACCAUUUGUCUAACGGGCUGUUAGUGGACUGGUACGAGAUAGUGGAUCCGGAAAUUGUCCAUGUUCACCCUCUGUUGCAGCGGCAGCUUCUGUUCCAGGACAGAGAGAGCAUGCCCAGCGGGGACAGGUCGCUGACUGGUCACGAGGAGCGCUCGCCAUCCAAAUAUCUCUUGAGUUUGCUAGCGCAUCAGGCAUGCUGGGAAACUUUGCAGGACUGCUUGGAUUGGCUAUUGGGUCAAAAUGACAGAGGAAACAGGCUAAAUCCAACAACUGCUUUGGAUUUUGUGUGGACCUGCUUCCAUUGUCCUCGACUCUGGCAAGGCAGAGAUCAAAAGUCUACCGCUGUGGGCAGUCAAGGAACCAAUUCUGCGGUUUUUGAAAAGCCAGUCCUUGAUUUGAGCCCAGCCCAGGUCUCCUCGCUUACGGGUUUCAUUUUGUCCGAGCUUUCUUCUUGCGUUGAGGAAUGGUGCGAAAGAAAAGGUCCCAGGUACAAGCGUUUCCUUGAAGAAAUAAAAGAUGGAAACCAGGUUAUGUCGGAAGAAAUCAGGGAGGAAGUUGAGCAAUUUGCAGCGAAAGUGUUAGGGAGUAGACUUCAGUUGAUCACACUCUGUUGCCAUGGUGAUAAGAAGAAGUUUCAAUCUGCGGUCAGUUGUGCUUUGAACAGCUCCAGGUGGUCGAAAUGGUUCACAGGUCAGUUUUUGGUUCAACUUUACCUCGCUCAGCCAAGGGUGAUGAGACAUGUCAAGAAUUUCCGGUCCUUGACAACUUCCGGUGUCGUUAGUCAGUCACGCUAUUGUCAGUUGGAUGUCCUGUGCCACCGUGUGUUGUCGAGUCUGGCUGAAUCGAAGCCUGGUAAGGAGUACGAAGACAGAGCUUACAACUCAAGUCUACUAUUGAAGAAACUGGCUUGUGAACAUCCCAUGCUUUUACUAAGGCAUCUGCCCAUGAUUGCGGCACAGCUCAGAGGCCGUGUGCAUCUAAAGCAUAAGGAGUUUAUCAAUCAGCAACAUCUCCUCGUCUUCUCACACAUCUUGGGAGUUCUGGAUCUUCUAAGACCGCAUAUCUUCAGAUAUGACAAGCUCAUUCAAGAAGGCUUGAGGGACACCUUACAAGCCUACUUUGGCCUUAUUCAGGGUGAGUGUCUUCACCACAAAGAGCUGGCCGCGGUUGUUACAAAGUUGAUGCCUUUUCUUCAGCAUUUCUGUGCAGAAUGUCCUGAUCAAGCUUCUACAGUUCUUCAGAAGAGAGUCUCAAUGUUCCAGGACCUGUUACAAGAGUUCCCUGCCCUCCCCUCCCUUCAAAGUGUAGUGAGCGCCAUCUCACUUUCCUCGAGCCCGCACUCAGAUGACCCCUUGACCCACGUCAGCGUUACUCUAGGACCAUCAUCGGAAGGAGCUCCAUCAAGUACACAACUUAAGGUCCGGUCUGUUAUUACACCACCUGAGAGCAUCUCGUGGUCAUCAGCACAGCUCGCUCCUUUUGUACAGCGGCUUUCUCCUGGACAGCCCCUUGAUGAUGUGUUAAAGGUUCUUGGUGACUUGGAUGAAACGUCUAAAAGAAGAGUAGACAUUUUGGAUCAUUUUGUGCCUCAUCUGGUUCGACUUCUCUCUGAUGCAACGAGUACCUGUCGGACCCAGGCGCACACUCUACUACUGCGGCACAUUCGGCAGAGCCCAGGGACGGCUGUUAAGUUUGUAGAGACAUACAUGGAUUGUCUUAAUUCAACGGAGCCGGACGUGAUUUUGACGGCCUCAAAAUUCCUGCCCGAAUUUAUUGUCCUGUGUAACGAACACUCCGACUCGUUACUUCAAAAGAUGUUUUCUCUAGCUGUUUAUGAAGCUCACGAUGUUGGAAUUCCCUUGUUAAAAAGUAUACAGCUGCUGAACUUACAUUAACGUGGCAUCUCCUCCGCCAAACUGCGACUAAGAACAAUUUGUAAUUUUACAGUUUUUAGUCGUCACGCUGUUUUCCCAUCAAAGGACUUCUAUUGGCAAACCCUGAGAGUUGAACACUCCUGUGAUCUGUUCUUCUAAAGACUGAUCCUAUUGUAAAUUCUCCUUUUAAUUUCAACACAAUUACCUUUCAGAAAACUGGACUUGAGAAGUAAGAAAGUGAAGAUAAACAGAAAAUGUUGUCUCUAUUAUUGAACAAAUUCUCAAGACCAGCCAAGAAAUCAAUGUAUCGUUAUUAAUUGGAUGAAUUUGCAUUAGCAUCUUGAAAAUAAAAAAUGUUAUCGAUUAUGUAGCAGAGCAAUAUCAUUCCAGCUGGCCCCUUGCACUGAAACAGAGUUUUGACUGACGGACGAGUUUGCUACUGUAAUGAUAAUUUUAGAAGAAUUGUAUCCUCGUGUAGUCUCGCUGUGGGUAUUUACACUCGACUGCGUCUCGCCAAAUUACGAACCAAACUCGCGUCGAAGCGUACCAAAAAGGUACAAUUAGUUAUGGAUUUUGGUCACUAUUUCUCUAACGUGAUUUAAUGUAAUCUUGAUUUUUAACCAGACCCCGUUAAUGUAAGCACUAAGAUAGUGUGAGUUGAUUUUAUAAGACUUACGAACACCGUCCAACACCCUUAAGCGCUGUCACCCCUGCUGUCGCGUUUUCAUUUUGUUAUGUUAGCAUCCAAACACCCACAGCUUGAGACUUCAGCUUAUGAAAAUACUGAAAAACACAAUUACAAAAAACAAGAAAACAAACUGUGAAAGCCAAAAGCAAUUGUGUUAUUUCGGGGGUGGACAACUUUGCUCCUGCAGUUUUUUUGUUUGGUUUUGUUUUUGUGUUUUUUUUUUGUUUAUAUCUCCUACUUUGCCGAGAAUCUUAUCAAGCUGCACAUCCCAGUUCAAACUUAUUUUUCUCAUGUCUAAGUGGCCUUGGACACAAAUUUUUUUAAUACUUUUAGAAACGUUUAAUUCUGUGCGAAGUACCGUGACAAGAGCGGAUUCAAUUAAUUAACGCGCAAAUUUCUUUCGAAUUAAAAGGUCAAAUUGCGCGUGUGUAGGCGUCUUAGAAGUGUGUUGUUUAGACUAGUUUUAUUGUGUCAUAGGACUGUUGUGUUCGUGUGAAAGGUGAUAUUAGGUUACACAAGAAAUCGCCUUUCUGUGCGAUUAUCGUACAACUGUCGUUGGUCUUUUUCAUUAGUUGAUGAGAAAAUGCCAUACAUAUAAUGAUCAAAGAGUCUUUGGAAAAUCUUUUUUUAAAGUGGGCAUGAAAUAGUAACCUCACGGAC